AGAGAUUCGUACUCACGAUAAUCACCUCAAUCAACUCAACUUACCCUAAACUUUCAACAUGGAGUCCACAAAACCUUCGUCAAUUGACUUUGUAACAGUCAAGACAACACUUCCCGUUUAUCCACUUCCACCCAAUCAUGAACGAAGCACUUUUCGAUCAGAACGUCUAUCAAUGCGUCAUAUGACUGAGGAUGAUUUCGGGUUUCUUCGAGCUCUUCGCACAGAUCCAGAUGGCAUGAAAUGGUCGUCGCAAGGAGGUCCCGAUAUUGAGAUGGAACAAACUGAAAAGAGCCUGAGUCUUCGCCUACCUCCAAAGGAUGUCGAGAGGCACGAUUGGGUCAUCUCACUUAUCGAGACUGGUGAGCCCAUAGGAUUAGGAGGCACCUGCGUAUGGUCGAGUGAACUAGGCUGGCCCGCUCUGGGAUAUAUCUUUCUGAAAGAGCAUUGGGGCAAAGGCUAUGCGUCUGAGUUUAUGAAAGUCUACCUCGAUAAGUGGUGGUCGCUGCCAAGGAACGAAGUUGAGCUCACAGUGGACAAGAACACAGUUCUUGAAGAGGACGGCGAUGUCAAACAGGAGUGCAUCUCAGCCGUCACAAUGAGCGAAAACGCCCCGAGUCAAAACGUCCUUAAAAAGGCUGGUUUCGAAUUUGUGUCGUCGUGGAUGGAAGCUGAUACCAAAGACGAGUCUCAAGAACUGACCCUACAUGGGUUUGUUGCUCGCAAGGGAAAGGUUGCCGUUUAGCCAAGCGAGGUCGACAACCGAAUAAGGAUAUAACAGAGGCCCUUUGACCAAUCGGUCUGAUCCGAGAACGAGGGUCUUUGGUCAAUAACGAUGCGGGAAAUGGACAAGGACGCGACCGGACAUCUCAGGAAGUCCGUGAGAGUUUCCGGGUCCGGACGGGGUUCCACUUUUCGCCGAUAUAUAUGACGAUGACUUCAGCAGCAUCAACUCAUUGUA